UCAUCUUAUAUUAAAUGGAGUCAUUACCAAAGUUUCAACUAGAGAUUUUUGCAUUACCAGAAAAACGCACGCUAUGAGUUCUCUGCUUCUCAGCCGUCUCCCUAGGCUCUGUCUUAGGAAACAACCUGCGCUAGGAGUUAGACACCUCGUUGGUGCUCGUUUCUUGUCCGAAACCCCUCUAUGUCACAUCUACGGUGCUGAACAUUGUGGAGAGAAUUGGCUUGAAGGGGAAAUCGGUAGACUCAUGAUCACUGAUUUUUCUGGCCCUAGCUGUUGGACUAGGGUUUUGGAAAAGACGGUGCCAAUGGACAUGAUGGCAGAAAGGGGAACGAUGGGAGCAUCACAUGGGUGGGUACUUAGUUCAAAAUACGGCCCGUAUCUUUCAGAUGAUCUCAACCCUGGAGUGUCGGAAUCAGAUUCAUCAGGAAUCGUACUGCCUGAUUUCGAAACGCUGCCUCAUUGUCAAACCGAACUAGUAACCAACGUGGCCAUGUCAUCCUCUUCUCCUGAUGACGAAGACUGCAUCUUGGCAGUCAAAUUCGUUGGACCUCAACUCAGCCUAUGUAGGCCUGCUGAAAAGAAUAUAAAGUGGGUCAACAUCAGAAUCGAAGACCCAAGCUUCUUCAACUCCCGAGUCAUGUAUUCAAAGAGAGAUAAAAAGUUCGCCAUGCCCGCUUUUGGGGGCACACACAUUGGAUACUGGGAUCUUGAGGAAAACGUGGAGAAACCAAAGCUGUGUAGAAAUGGCUUUAACACUCCUCAGUUGUUGCAGUCAGAAUGGGAAGAAUUAGAUUUGUGUAGCACGGUCGAAGAGUUGGUGGAGUCACGUGGAUCCACGCAAGAAAUGUUUAUGAUUAAGCGGUUCAGAAAGAGAAAUAACGACAAGGGAGGGAGGAUGGAAGAGUAUCAAAUGUGGGUGUUCAAGCAAGGUCUUAACAGAUUUAACCCACGGCAAUGGUGCUACACUAAUGACAUUGGAGAUCUCUGCAUUUUCCUCUCCAAGUCUGAACCUUUCUGUCUCAAGGCCAGCUCCCACCAGAAAUGCCAAAACUCAAUCUAUUUCAUCGAUAAAAGCGAACGGGGAAUAUUCACUCUCGGGGAUAAGUGUAAGACGAGUAACUUCUCCAAUUUCACUGCCCCUUACUUCAUUCCACCUCAAUCUUACCUCAAUGCUAAUCGUAUCAAUCAGUCCAAUUCUCCUUAAGCUUUAUUAACCAGCUCUGUUUCAUUUUCUAUGUAUUAUCCAUGAUGCUUUGGCUUUUACUAUGAAAUCGAAAUUCUAAAAGUUUAGA